ACCCCGCCGGUUUGACGCGUGGGAGGGGGGAUGAUGUCACAACAAACAAAAUGGCAGUGCAGAGGUCACAAUUACCGGUCUCACUUGCGGGCAAGUUCAAAGGAUCCUUUGCAUAUUACACUAUUACAGACAGGCUGCCUCUUAUCCUGACUAAAGUUAUUGAUACUCUGCAUCGACAUAAAAAUGAAUUCUUUGAAGAAUAUGGAGAAAAAGGCCUUCAAGCUGAAAAGAAUGCAAUAGCUUAUCUGUCCAAGCUACGAAAUGAGCUUCAGACAGACAAACCUCUGAUUGCCUUAAAUGAUAACUUGCCUGACACUGUCCUGUGGAACCAGUUCUUAGAAUAUCAUCAGAAUCUAUCAAACGAGCCACCAAGUUGGUUUCAGUCUCCUUGGUUGUACACUGAAUGUUACAUGUAUCGCAGAAUUCAUGAAGCACUUGUUCAGAAUCCACCCAUCAGUGACUACGAUGUGUUUAAAGAAGAAAAGGAGCAUGCUUUCUUUGACUCUCAACAAGCCAUUAUUGCUUUGAGUACUUACUUGCAAGAGCUAUUGAAAAACAUAGAAAAUCAAAAUGAAGAAUCACUGAAUGAAGAAUUUUUCAAGUUAAUUCAGGUUUCGCUGUGGGGUAAUAAAUGUGACUUGUCCAUUUCAGCUGGUGCAGAUAAUUCUCAGAAGGCUAAUCCUUUACAGUCUGUGGAAGAUUUAAAAUCUUUUAUCUUGGUGGACCACAUGGAAAAACUUUGGUCAUUACUGAUGAAGAGAAAGAAAAUAAAUACACAGACAUCAGUGACAUCUACCAGAAUUGACAUAGUCUUGGAUAAUGCUGGUUUUGAACUGAUUGCAGAUCUUGUGUUAGCUGACUUUCUGACUUCCUCCAAAUUAGUUACUAUAAUUCAUUUUCAUGGAAAAAGUAUUCCAUGGUAUGUGUCAGAUACUACUAAACGUGAUCUGAAUUGGACUAUUAAGCAAAUGGGAUCAGCUAAUAACAAGUGUAUGUCUAGUUGUGGUGUCUCCUGGGAGGGCUAUGUGAAAAAAGGUGUUUGGGUUUAUCAUGAUCAUUUGUUUUGGACUUUGCCACAUGAAUUUUCUAGUAUGGCCCAGGUUGCUCCUGAUUUGUAUGCUGAGUUACAGAAAUCAGAUUUAAUUAUUUUUAAAGGUGAUCUGAACUAUAGAAAGUUAUUAGGGGACCGAAAAUGGGAAUUCAUAGUGCCAUUUCACCAAGCUUUGAACAAUUUUCACCCUGCACCUCUCUGCAGUCUAAGAACACUAAAGUGUGAUAUUCAGGUUGGUCUGAAACCUGGGCAAGGUGAAAAGCUUUCAAGUACUGAACCUGAAUGGAUGAUAACUGGGAAGUAUGGAAUAAUUCAGUUUGAUGGCGCUUCAUGAUUUACUUGCUCAUUAUGAAGACUAGUGCUGGCUAAAAUGCCAUUGAUGCUCAAAAGCUGGAAGACCAUUAACAUUUAAUAUGCAUGUUCUUGCUUCUCCCAUGGGUCUUUAAAGUGGCAUGUGCAAUUGUGUCACGUUACAAACUUUUUGGUAAUAUCGUCUUAAAAUAAGAAAAAUACAUUGGCUGAAAUUCUGUUGCUUAGUGUAGUAAGUUGCAACUAGAAUAGUCCCACUGAAUCAAUUGAAUAUACAGAGGAGUUGACUAAUCUAAUCCCCACUGAUUCAGUGGAGCUUCUCUAAUGCAGCUUUGUAUGCUGAACAAGAUUUCAGCCAUUAAAUCCUAAUCUUUCUUGGAUAUUUAUUUUAUACAUAAUGAAUGCAGUACUUGGGCUAAAAAGUAUUUUAAUAAAUGACAUGUAUAUGAUAUUUAUUCUGUUUUAGUUUACAAGGCAGAGCUGCACCAGUAGAUAACAGUCAUAUUUUAAUUUCUGUAGCAGAAGACUUACUUUAAAGCUUCUUGAACUUUAAGUUGUUGACAGAGAAGAUUGUCUUAAAUAAAUUGAUUCUAAUGUUA